UUGUCGGCUAAAACAAUAAUCCAAUCUCGUUAAUUCCCUCCAUUACUUCUCCCUCCUCUGUUCCCACUCUCGAGCUCAGCCUAUUAACCUCUGCAACAUCCCAAACUAUAUCUCUCUCUCUCUCUCUCUCUCUCGAUACAAGAUCUUUCAAGUCAUGUCUUCCUUAUCUCCAACUCAGAGUUAUAAACAGGAAGGAGUUGAUGGGCAUAUUAUACCUACAGAUCAGAACGUUCUGCAGAAACAUGUUGCAUUCUUCGAUAGGAACCAUGACGGUUUAGUUUAUCCUUGGGAAACUUUUCGAGGAUUUCGUGCAAUUGGCAGUGGUAUUCUUCUGUCCUCCGUGGCUGCCUUCUUCAUCAACUUUUCUCUCAGCCGCUCAACGCGUCCUGGGAAAUUUCCUUCUCUUCUGUUUCCAAUUGAGGUUAACAACGUUCAGAGAGCCAAACAUGGGAGCGACUCUGGUGUCUAUGACACUGAAGGAAGGUUUGUUCCUUUAAAGUUUGAAGAAAUUUUCAGCAAGCAUGCUCAUACACACCCCAAUUCUCUAACAUCAGAUGAACUCAUGGAAAUGCUGAAGGCUAACAGGGUACCAAAGGACUACGGAGGCUGGCUUGCUAGCUGGACAGAGUGGAAGGUCCUAUAUAUUCUGUGCAAGGACAAGAAUGGUUUGCUGCAGAAGGAAAAAAUCAAAGCUGCUUAUGAUGGAACUUUGUUUGAGCAGAUGGAGAAGGAAAGAACAUUGGCUAAAAAGAAUGCUGUUGUGUAGCUAAAUGCAUACCGGAAUGCUCAUCCGAUCUUCUGGCAGCUUGGUUACAGCUUGGUUACUGAUUCAACGAUGUAGUUUUAAUGUUUGUGUCAUUGGUUCAAUUGUGGAGGUGUUUGAUAAGUUCUGGAACUGAAAAUUAGUUCAAGUUGGUUGUGUAUCUUAAUGUAUUGCAUAAGCCAUAUGGCAUAUUUAUUACAUAUUCGAGGAUGUAUGGAAUAAUUUGAACUACAAUGGGGACAAGUUGGAUCAUCAGCAGAGGUGGAAGAGAGUUGGCAGAAUGUCUGCAGAGGCAGACUUUCCAGCAGACAUUCCAAUUACAAGCUCAGGAUCUGAAAUUUCCUAUGGACCAUUUGGUAUUGAAUGGUGUUUUAUGGUGUAUUGUUCUUGGUUUUCAAGUAGAAGAAAACAAGAGUAACAUGAAAAUUUAUUAACUAA